AUGGCAGAACCGAAGACGCCGCCCGUCAGCAAGCCAAAGGCCAAGAGCCGUCCUCUGACAGAGGAACAGAAGGCAGUCGCCGAGGAGAAUCUGGCACAGAAGGCCCAGGAUCUGAUCCGAGAGGUCGACAAGGCCAAGCUUACCGAGGCGAAGAAAGCGACGGCGGCGUUCAAGAGCUCAAGAGAGGCAGAGAAGAGGGGUAUCGCGACCCUCACUGCGGAAGAGGAAGCCGCAGAGAAGUAUCGGCGGAUUCAGGAG